CUGAUCCAGAAGCAUGGCUCCUUUUCGGCGUUCGCGUCGGAGCCUCUCACGGCGUUUGCCGAGGACCCCUUUGUAACGUCGUACUCAGCGAAAACAGUCACCAAGGAGGGAAGCCAGAGGCACGGGUCCACUGAUGUGGCAGUCGAGCAUUUCCUGCGUGACAUAGAGAGGCGAAGCAAGCGGCUACACUGCGCUGUGAUAGGCUGCGAGGAGGAGCGAUCCCGCAGCGACAUGAACCUGCUGUAUCGUAAGAGCCGUUUGGACUGGAGGCAGAGAGACCAAGAGGGAAGCAAAAAGAGCUCCGCCCAAAACGACCCAGCAGCUACAGUUGGAAAAGUCAGAGACUUGGCCUCCUUCCGACGGCACUUUCGAAUGGGUUUCAUGACCAUGCCCGCCUCCCAGGACCUGUCCCCUCACACCUGUGCCUCUGCGAUGGCGCCGCGUUCACAGUCGUGCCAUGCCGUCGGUGCUGGGGACGCAAGUCUGGAGAAUGGGGAUUACUCAGACACACAGUCCCAACAUGGCAGCCGCUGCCCUCCAGCCAAGCCCAAACGUCAUCCAAGCACUCGCCUCAGCUCGUCAUCCGCUGACAGCAGAGGACCUCCAGAGACCCCACCACCCCCUCCGCCCUCUCACUCACAGUCUAAACACUCAGAGAAGAAAAAUGCCAUGAAGAAGUCUGACUCGGGAGAUAUUGGGACAAAGAAGGUGCCUCCGUUAAAACCCAAGAGAAGUCCCAGUACUCAGCUUACGUUCGACCCUCUUCCUCCACGUGUGCCUCCUUCCGCUACAUCUAUGCCGUUUCAGGCAGCAGACUCUCAGAUUCAAACAGGACAUGGGGACGAUGAGCCUGUUUAUAUAGAGAUGGUGGGACAAGUGUUCACCAGAGACAGCCAGAUGGCCACUCCCCACCCUGUCACCCCUGUGGCCACCACACCGGACUCUGACUCAGACCAGAGCGAGGCAAUAUAUGAAGAGAUGAAAUAUCCACAGCACGAGGACAGGGGGUCCCAGAGACACUUCCCUCCCAAACACGAGAAGCUCAAAUCCUCCAAACACUUCCAUGUCACCCCCUCAUCUGCCAACAGCUCUUCUUCUCUGCCACGCCCUUCCUCUUCCUCCCCUUCCUAUUCUAAACCUAAAGCUACAGUGUCAAUCUCCCACUCCUCUCCUCUGCCUUCCUCAGCUUCCUCCACUCCUGUUCCUCAGGUCCUCUCCACCAGUCCCCACACACCACGGGCCCCUACACCUUAUUUGUUGCAAGGGAAUAAAUCUGAAAUGGAAUCCAGCACGAAGAUCCCAGCCCCUUUCCCUAAUCUCCUCCAGCACCGACCCCCACUGCUUGCCUUCCCUCAGCCUGCAGCUGCCUCCAGUGGGGUUGGAGUACAAAACAAGGCAUCUGCUUCGGCGAAAAUGGGAACUCAAACCUCCAGCUCGUCAACUCAAGCCGGCAUCUCCUCCUCGACUUCAUCUAAUCUUCCUGGAUCUCUGUCAGGGUCCAAGGAGUCGUCGGGAGGAGGUGGAGCGCAGCAAGACAAACACAGCAGAGAAAGUCAGUUAGGUCCUGCUCCUGGACUCAGAGCUAGAAGUCACUCCACUCCGCUACCUCCCUCCUCCAAAUCCACAUCCCCCUUCUCGCACCACCAUCACCACCCUCACCAUCGCCCCUCGCACUACCAUCACUACCGCAAACCAGACAGAGGUGACUCCCCCGCACCAAUUAAGAGCAGCUCCCAGACUUCAAACCAGGCCACCGUGCAGACUCAAACCUCAAGUACAGGCAAGGAGGGUAAGUCUGUUAGCUUCCUCUUGAAGUCUGAUAAAGGAGAGAGGGAUAAGGACAGGGACAAGGAUAGGGACAGGGACCGAGACAGGGACCGGGACCGAGACAGGGACAGGGACAGAGACAGGGACAGGGGUAGAGACCGGGACAGGGAGCGUGACAGAGACAAGGAAAAGGACAAAGAAAGAGAUAGAGACAGAGAGAGGGAUAAAGAAAGAGACAGGGAUAGGGACAGAGAUCGGGAUAGGGACAGAGAUAGGGAUCGGGACAGAGACAGGGAUCGGGACAGAGACCGGGAUCGGGACAGAGAUGGAGGGCCACAGUCCUUACCAAUAGAAAGCUCCACCAACAUUAGUGGCCAAACACCUCAAAGCAGCACCAGCUCAACCCCUACGCCACUAUCCUCAUCUCAGCGUCCUCAUUCCCGCUCACACCAUCGCUCUCACACCCCUCAUGGCCUACCAGCAUACAAACCUCCGUCGUCAGACAGUCCCCUGCUCUGGACCUACCCCUCCGGUGGUUUCAGGAGGCCACCAGCAUACGAGAGCCUGAGAGGCAGCUCUCAGACCCCUUCUUUACAGCAGCCCUCGAGUCUUACUGGUGUAGGUGAGGGAGGGUCCAAGAGCAAUGGAGGAUCUUCAUCGCUCCAGUCAAAAGUCGGCUUCAUGCCCUGGGACAGCCAUGCCAGCUUAGUUGCAGACGAGGGAUCUUACUGGCCUAUGCAGAGGAAGCUCUCCUUCAGCCAUGGGAGCAGAGAGACGGAGAAAGAUGAAGGACGGGCCUGGAAUGGCAGUGCUGAUGCUCUGUUAAGGAUGGAUAAAGAAGAUCUUGGAAUGAGCUCACGAGGGGGUCACUCAGGCAUCCCGGUUCAUUUUAGCAGUGCUGCCAGCAGGGCCCACGCUCACAGUGAGUCCUUAGCAGGUGUUGAUGGCACCCCCGGAUUCAGAGCUCUACCCAGGGCAGGGCUCCCUCUUCCCUGCCAGACUUUCCCUGCAUGUCGAAAUGGAGAAGUGGGGCGGCUGGGCCGCUCCUCCUCUGCUGCUGGUGUGAGGCAAGUGGGUGGAGGAGAUGUCCAAAGGCAGAGCAGUCUACCAGCACGAGAAGCCUUGAAUCAGCUGCACGGCAUGGCGGCGCCUCCAACGCCCUGCAGCCCCAGCGGCCCCGCCGCGUCCCGGCAGCAGCAGCAGCAGCAGCUCCAGCUCCACCAGCAGCAGCUGCAGCUCAAGCAGCAGCUCCAGCAGCUCCAGCAGCAGCACCACCUGCAGCUGCAGUUCCAGCAGCUCGCCCAGCUGGCACAGGGCCAGCCUCCCAUGGGGGGCACCACCCCGUCCACGGCGCAGACCCAGAGGGACGGCAAGCUGUUGGAAGUCAUCGAGCGCAAACGCUGCCUGUGCAAGGAGAUCAAGGCCCACAGGCGGCCGGACAAAAGCUUGUGCAAGCAGGACAGCAUGCCCAUCCUUCCGAGCUGGAGACGGACACCCGAACCCCGAAAAACCGGCACGCCACCCUGCCAGAGGCCCCAGGCCGUUGUGUGGGACACAGCUAUUUGAGGUGGAAAGACAAACCGGUCCCCAAAACACACAGACGGGCAAAAGACAGGUGACUAAAUGACAGUGAAAUGGAACUUGAAAAGCCUAUCAGAAGUUCUGGUGACAAUAACCACAAAAAAGAGACUGUAGACAGAGAUGGAAAGACUCUACUGAUGUUAUUGCGAUAGAGAAAACUGGAACAAAUACUUUGUGGGGAAAAAAUACAGAGGUAAAGAAAAAUAACUAUAACAAUCAAACUAAAUAAAUUUCUUACCCAUUUUAUUUGUAUAUUCUCUAUGCGAUAUGCCACACUGAUACGUUCGAAUUGCCAAUGAUUUUGUGCAACAAAGCACCAGUACUAUUGCUACAAAAGAAGACAGACACUAAAUAAAUAACAAUUAGGUCGUUUUCUGGGAUUGGUGUUGCCAAAUUUUCUCCUGACUACUUGAGACACAAUGAAAUCAUGUAUUUUUUAAAAAUCACUUUUGUCCAACAAGCAAACAAACAACUCCGUGGAUGAGAAAAAGGCAAGACUCAUAGGUAUGUUAUUGAAGUGUUAUUUGAAAUUGUGAAUGUAUAUGAGAUGUCUUGAUAUCAAUUGAUUGUCCUCGUGGAUGCAAAUAAUCAUCAAUGAGAAGUAAAAGCUACCUACCGUAUCCGUUUGCAUAUUUGUAAUGUAAAUCUAUUUACUUUCUCAACGUUUCUGCAAUUUUAUAGCAAUAUGCUCCCGCAGCCGGGGCAACAUAAUUAAAACUUGUGUCAACUAGCCUAACAUACAUAUCUAAGACUUGAAAAGGUCAUAUUUACUGUGUCAUUCUCUGCAUGUCAUAACGGACAUACAGUGUUGUUAAAGAAAAAGAACAAAAAAAAGUAUAUGUAGAAAUGAUCAUGUCAGACUUUCACAUACAGCAGAUCUUCGCUACGAUGAUGUGUGGUUUGUAGAUAAAGAUGAAUAUGUUGCCGUCGGGUGUGAGAUGCUUCAGUAGAAAAGGUGGCACAUGCAGUGCAGUCCAGCCAAAUACAGACACAGAUCAGUGGAACAAAUAACUUCAUCACUCAUGCUUAUCCACAGUUGCACAUUAGGGAUUAUUCCACCAGACGGGAAUAACAGGCACUGACACCCAUCACCACAGACUGUGCAAUAUGGUGCAACUGAUAAGACUGUGAGUAUCGAUCACCUCAAACAGAAUGCUGGAACAAUCUGCACAAAGCAUCAUAUAUGCUUAGGAGAAAACCUAAAACCCUAAUGUAUUGUAAAUAGACAUGUAAAACUGUAUUGAAAAUGUAGCAAUGAUUUCCAUUUUCAUACUUGUAAUCAAUACAUAUUAUGUAGCAUAUACUGUAUAAACAUAACUUUGUUCACUUGUUGUUUUUUUCUAAAAGAAUUAAGUACUUUAUCUGCUGCAGCCAGUCCAUGCAUUACUUAGAGUUCUACUAGUAAACAGUGAGCCCUCUAAAGAAAGGCACAGGCCAACAGUUGUUUAUUCAGAUUUAUGCAAGACUCCCUUUAAGCUCCGUUAACAAAUUGUUUAAGGCCCUUUUCUACAUUCAGUUUUAUUUCUGUACAGAUUUCAACAACUCACAGUCUUGACAUUUUAUAAUACUUUGCUGCUAUCUUGAAUUAACAGUGUUGUUCAUUCAACUACAUGGUUUUACCAUGACAAUCUUUAAUAAUAUAGUGCUUAUUGUUACUUUACUAUUUUUUCUCAAAGCCACAUGAAAUGAAGUUUGUACUUUGAAAAGUCCACCCCUCUGUAAUAGUACUAAGGCGCUUGAAUGUCUCUUGGUUGUUGUUGUUUUCUGAUAGUUAGCACCAAACUGUACAGUACAGUACACCCAGUGAAACGAUGACCUGUCUAAGUGUUUGAAAGUCACUUCUUGGCCUUUUUGUUUUCGUUUCUCCUGCUCGUUUUUGAGGGUUUCUUUUUUAAGCUCUCUGUUGUCAAACAAACGCAGGUCUGGUUCAGCGAAAUGGGAAAGUGCAAUGCAUGCAGAGAUUCCUCACACUGAAAUGUUCCAGUGAUGCUUACUAUUGUGCCCAGUUUGAUUUGAAAUCCCAAGUAACCACCCCCCUAUAAUUCCUUCUCACCCACUGAUACAAAACCCAAGUUAGGCUAUCAAUUCCAAAAUAGUUUACAGAAGCUGUUGGUUUUGUGUGUCUUCUUAAACCGUGGCCAUUAUAUGAGUGCCAUACUAUAUUGAUAUGGUAAGAUACGGUGUACCUUGGAAAUCACUGUAGUGCUAUAUUUGCAUUGAUAUUGUCAUUGAAAAUAAAUUUUAUAUAAUGAACUUUACACAA